AUGUUAUUUUUCUUAUCAGAGGUAGCUUCACCAAUGGACGGUACCACAGUGGGGUCCGUUGCCAUAGCAACCAUCACAGUCCAGAACAUGACUACCAGCAGCGGCUCCUUCACCAGCGGUUCGGUCGCCGGGUCAACGGUCAGUGUAGCGACCGUGUGCUACGCGAGCCUCAACGCCACGGACGGCGGGCCUGUCCGGCAGGUCGUCAGCGACGAGGUCCGCAACAUCAUCGUCGUCAUCAACAUGGCCAUCCUCUGCCAAAUCGUCAGCGCGGUGGGCGUGGUCGUCAACGUCAUCAACAUCUGCGUCUUCGCCCGGCUGGGGUACGGCGAGGCCAUCAACGUGACGCUGACCGGCCUGGCUGUAUCCGAUCUCGGAAUAGUCGUAUUCGCCGUGUGGCUGAGUAUCUGUUACAACCCGCUCUUCUCCAGCCUCGAUCUCCCUUUCAAACCAAGCGAGUUUGUUUACCUAACCGCUGGGCUGCCUCGAUUAUCCUGCGCUCGGGUAUCGAGUUGGAUUUUAGCGUCCGCUUCCGUGGAACGCUGUCUGUGUAUAACCAUGCCUUUGACAUUUAAAUCCAUCAUCACUCCUAAACGGUCUAUGUUGUAUAUAACUAUAGUUUUCGUAGUUAUGGCGGCGAGCGUUGCGCCAACUUUCUACACAAGUCGGCUCGUUUCGGUGUUUGAACCUACCAGAAACAGAACUCUCACAUCUUUAACCUUCACAGCCGACCGCUUCUCUGUUGACAAUAUCGCAUUCGCCUUCGGCGUAUUUCUCUCCGUGACCUCGUUUCUAAGCGUGGCCAUAUUCACCGCGGUUCUAGUCUACAAGCUGCGCGAAGCGACGCAAUGGCGGGAAAAGAGCGUCGUUGUUUUCAACAAAGGCAACACCCAACUUCCGUCUCUGACUCACCGGAACAAACAAGUCGGGAAAAUGGUGUCGCUGAUCUCCAUUUUUUUCAUCGUCUGCUUCACCCCCAACACGGUCAACCAGCUGGUCAUGAGUUUGGUCCCAGAGUUCGCCAAAAACGGGUCGCAAGUCAACGCCAACCAGGUCUCGUGGUCGUUCGGUUUCCUGUUGGAGUCCCUCAACGCCACCGUCAACUUCUUCAUCUAUCUGAAGAUGAGUUCCAGGUACAGGGACACCCUCAGGAUGAUCCUCUGGGGGAGGCAAGUUCCAGAACACGACCCCCGUUCCACGCGCGCUUCCGGCGAUGGCGGAACGUACCCAUUUUAA